AUGCACCCACCCGUUGGGGGAAUGCAGGGUCACAAUGGCAUUUACUGGGGUUGGAACCCCGACAUUGAAAAUGGCGUCAACAUCAGCAUGAUUAACAAAGCAACGGGAAAGAAGGCCAGCACCUAUGGUAUAUUCAGUCAAAUCAAGAAUGCAAACUCUUACGAUGGCACUCAAUUAUUGAGAUACAUGGAUGAGAUUAAGAGUAGCGAUGCAGUUCUCGUCGCACACAUCAUGCCUACGGGUUUGAAAUUCAAGCAAGUCGGCCCCGAAAUUGCGGCCGAUAUUGCCAGUGUAGUGAAGAAAUUCACCGAUGAGGGAAUUGAAGUGUGGUUGCGAUUCGCGCACGAGAUGAACUACUAUGCCAAGACCGGGUAUUACAAUGGCAGUUCGGAAGAGUUUAUUUACGCAUGGCGGAACGUCUCGAAUGCGGUAAAGGAGAAUGACCGAGUCCUCAUGUUCUGGUCACCAAACAAUGUCAAGUCCAACGACGAACUAGACCCCUGGUGGCCCGGUAGUGAUUACGUCCAAAUUGUUGGAGUCGAUCUUUAUAUCUCUUCGGCAUCAGCGACAUUUGAAAACACAUUUGGCUCCUUUUACGAUGCUUUCGCUAAGAAGUACGACAAGCAUAUGGCCAUUGCUGAGACGUCAACUAAGCCAGGAGAUACUUCGGUCAAGCAAGCAUGGGUUAAGGCACUCGCAGGAACAGACCUCAACGACUACCCUUGUAUGAAGUCCGUGACAUGGUUUGAAUUAGUCAAGUCAUAUGACUAUCGUAUAGUCAUGGGACAGAGUUCGGGGACAGUAAAAUGGACGUUGUCAAACUUCCAGUAA